CGGGGCUGCUGGAUGCUCCAUGAUGGAUGAGGAAUGACAGAUCGGGGUUAGCCGCCAGGGGAGUCCAUUUUCCUCUAGCGCACGGUCCUACCAGAGCAGAAAGCGAAAGAGGAAAAAUAUCGGACGCAAGGGAGGAUGAGACAAGAUUCAGAGAGGAGCAACCGCUUUCCACUCCCCCUCUUUCCCUAUAUUUCACCCUCCCUGCUCGCCACUUCGGUGCAUCGCAGCCUGGUGGGCUUUUCGCGGACUGCACCGCAUUGACGCUGCUGCUGCUGCUUCCGACCCAACCCAGUGAAGGAAGGCACCGACACUAACAUUGAGGAUCUGCUGGAAACUGGAUGCUGUACAGACUGUGUGCUGAAAUCCCCCCUUUCAUCUGUUUGCAUCUUUCUUUCUGGAUCCCACCGAUUCGCUGUCCUGCUCGGUUAUGUUAAGACUUUUCAAACGAGAGAGACAGAGAAGCACCGCGUUGGAAAAUAUUUUAGCAACAUAGUGGACAACAAGGAAAGCCAAGUUUGCAGAGCCCGCUUCACAAAUGUAACUUGUCUUUUUGCAACCCAGAGCAACCCUCUGUGCUUUCUCCAAUAUGGGUGUUGACUGAACGGAUCUCUCAGCUGCCAUACAGGUAUGAGAAAGCACUCGUGAGGACUAAAACUGCGCUCGGAUAAUUCCUGGAUCAUGCAGAUUUUGUCGCUUAGGACGUUAUUUGUGUUACUAGCCCAUAUACAUGUGUUGUUAUCCCGGAAAAAUGAUGGAGAAGUUCGAAGCGAAGAGGACAGCAACGGCAGCGCGUACUCUGGCAGGACUUUCCACGGGGCGCUCCGGGAAAGUCAUCAAAACAAAGCCCGGGACCGUGCGCUCUAUUCGGGAUACGCCACAGGUGCGUCUCCGGCGGAGCUGCAGGUGCAGCGGGCAAAUAUCAGGGGGACUCUCAACUCCACUCACCCCUGGAAGAGGGUAAUUGCAGGAGAAAUUAAGCGAGUUGGGCACAACAAACGCGACUUCAAUAGAACUGUGACAUCCAUGGAGGAUCCCAGCGGCGUCUCACACUGGGACGCGACGCGCCACCAUAAUAAGAGGAUAAAGUUGAAUGGCGGCCUCGGUAGUACAGGGACGCCAGCAGGUGGACACUACAAUGCAGCUAAGCCUUCCUCACUGGGCGGAGGAGGGGGACUAGAGGAGGGCGACAAGCACACGAGAGGCACAAAAGACGAGCAGAGAAAAGCCUGGAAGAGGGGGAGAAGCCGGCUGAACAAAAGCUCUGCAGUUAUGUCUCAGCCUCAACCUCACGCGUCGCCGUGGGAACCGAUUCCCAAACCGGUGGCCCUCACCUCCACCGACCUGCCCUUUGACCUUUUUACCAGGAGGGCCGAGUUAUUCACUUUCAAAGAGGAGAACCCAUGGGACGCCACGCCGAUCACCCCUCCCGGCUCGCAGGAUUUUGGUGACGAGAUCAAAAACCCCUUCUACCCGGUGACAAGUGAGACUUUUGGAGCUUACGCGAUUACGUGCGUCUCCGGCGUAAUUUUCCUAGUGGGGAUAGCGGGCAACAUUGCCAUCCUGUGCAUCGUGUGCCAGAACUAUUACAUGAAGAGCAUCUCCAACUCGCUGCUGGCCAACUUGGCUGUCUGGGAUUUUGUGCUCAUCUUCUUCUGCCUGCCUAUGGUGGUUUUCCACGAGCUGACAAAGUCUUGGUUGCUGGGAGAAUUCACCUGCAAAGUUGUGCCCUAUGUGGAGGUGGCCUCUCUGGGUGUGACCACCUUCACCCUGUGCGCUCUGUGCAUCGACCGCUUCCGUGCUGCGACCAACGUCCAAAUGUACUACGAGAUGAUAGAGAACUGCACUUCUACAACUGCCAAGCUAGCCGUUAUCUGGAUUGGUGCCCUCCUCUUGGCCCUACCAGAGCUCCUUAUUCGGCAGCUUGUUGAGGAGGACACGGGACUCCCGGAUGAGCCUCAAGUUGAGCGCUGUAUUAUCAGGAUAUCCACCUCACUCCCUGACAUGCUCUACGUUCUAGGUCUGACCUACGAGGGUGCUCGGCUUUGGUGGUGCUUCGGCUGCUACUUUUGCCUCCCAACCCUCUUCACCAUCGGUUGUUCACUGGUGACGGCACGCAAGAUCCGGCGUGCAGAGCAGGCCAGUGUUCGCAGCAAUAAGAAGCAGAUCCGGCUAGAGAGCCAGAUGAACUGCACUGUUGUGGCGCUGGCUAUUGUGUAUGGUGCAUGUGUGGUGCCUGAGAAUAUCUGCAACAUAGUUUCUGCAUACAUGGCAGCUGGUGUUCCUGAGCACACCAUGUCUGUCCUACAUCUUCUCUCCCAGCUGCUGCUGUUCUGUCGGGCUGCCGUGACCCCAGCGUUGCUGCUUCUCCUGUGUCGUCCGCUGGGCAGGGCCUUUCUGGACUGCUGCUGUUGCUGCUGCUGUAACCAUGCGCCCUCCUCGGCCACUGCCAGUGACGAUAACGAACACGAGUGCACCACUGAGCUGGAGCUGUCGCCAUUCAGCACCAUCCGCAGGGAGUUGAGUAACUAUACACCUGCUGGCUCCAACUGCUAGAGAGACAUUCCUCAUCAGGGAAAGAUUUCACUAGUCUGCCUGUGGCUAGCAUUUCUCAGACUUGGCUAGAAGAGAUAUGCCUUACUCUAGUCCACUAAAAUCUUUUAAUGGAUGGAAGAAAUCGGUUGGACAUAAAAAAAAUUUAAAAAAAAAAUCCAUUAAGCCAGUGAUCCUAUAUACUAAACUUUUAUAAUUUUCAAAAAUUUUACAGGACAGCUAAUAAAAAGCUAAAUGUUUUCAUUGUUGGCCUGGGUUGCUGUUCCACCAGGGAUGAAACUUUCCCUUCUACGGGCUUUAAAUGGCUAGGAAACUUCAGCCACUUUGGAGAACUGCUUAACUUGUUUCAUCCUUGGUUCCUCAGAAAUUAGAACCCUGCACCAUUUAACUUAAGGUAGAAAUCAAAACCAAUCACCUUAAAACUGUGUCAUUGUUAAAUUAAAGGAAUUUGGCUGGUCAUAUUGUUUAUUUUGUAUAAUGACUCAGAGUACCCAGCUAAACAUGUAGAUUCACACUGCCUGUAAAAGUACACAACUGCGUUUACAAACCACAUGAGCUGCAAAUCUACAGUUCAAACAGCAUAUCGGUGCAAAUAUGGGAACAAGGCUUACAAUAAUUAAUACAACCCAGGGCAAACCAGUGGCUUUAACCGUUUGCAAAAGGAAAACACAGGCAGGAGUUUGCAGUGAAGAAUUUAAAUGUACACAAUACUUAAGACUGAAUAUUGGAAUAUAUCCAGUCGACUCGGACAUACCUGGGCUGGUCUCAGAUAACUACAAACAUGUUUCAGUUAAAAGGUUUUG